GACCACGAAAACAAGUUAGUGAAGCCUCAGUCUGAACGCACCCACCGGAGUCGGUCCAACACGAGAGAAACACGCCAAAGUCAACAAACUCGAUGUUAUGACACAGAUUUAGGAACUUUUUACGGACUUUCUCCUGACAUACACCGAAUUUAGGACUUUUAAAAACGACGCGCUUUAUUUCGCUUUUCACGUAUCGGUGAUGCCCGCUGGUAUGUUCAGUAUCGACAGUAUCCUGGCCGGGAGACCCACUUGCAAGGACUCGGUGCUCCUCCAUCGGAAUCCCCCAGUGGUGUUCUCGAACCUCACGGAUUCCAUCUACACCGCUACCGAUUAUAAUGGACUCUACUCGCACGCAACUGGACCUUCUCCCCCGGGCAUCCAGGCGGUGAACGGGACUAGAAUAGGAUAUAAUAACUAUUAUUACGGACAACUGCAUGUGCAGGGCCCCAAUGGCCCUGCGUGCUGCAGCGCUAUCCCAACCCUCGGCUCGCAACAGUGCCCGUGUAUUCCAACAGGUUAUGACAGCACAGGCUCCGUGCUCAUCUCUCCCGUCCCGCACCAGAUGAUGUCCUAUAUGAACGUGGGCACCUUGUCUCGGACCGAGCUCCAGCUCCUGAACCAGCUCCACUGCCGACGUAAGCGGAGACACCGAACCAUCUUCACCGACGAGCAGCUCGAGGCCCUGGAAAACCUUUUUCAGGAGACCAAGUACCCUGACGUCAGCACACGGGAACAGCUCGCGCGGAAAGUGCACCUACGGGAGGAGAAGGUCGAGGUGUGGUUCAAAAACAGACGAGCGAAAUGGAGAAGGCAGAAAAGGUCGUCCUCGGAAGAAUCUGAAAACUCACAGAAAUGGAACAAAUCGACGAAAAUAGCCACAGAAAAAACCGAGGAAAGCAAAAGUGACGUGGAUUCUGACAGCUGAUAUUGGUCUAACACACAAAAAAGAGAAAAGACCGUUGGUUGCAUAUAUGCGCAAAUCUUGCAGAUAUACACCAAUACAUACAAGAUUUUGACUUUUUGUACAUAGUGUAAAUGUCAUGUGGACUGAAGUAAUGAAAUGUGUUGCCAUGAUGUUGCACAGUUGUAUAGUAAAUAUUACUUUUAUUAUUGCUAUGGGGUAGGCUAUUUAUAUUUAAUUUAAAGUUUAAUGUUAUGCAUACCAUCCCGAAGAUGUGGUGUGCCAGGAGCCUGGACCAAUUUUCUGGUGUGUCUCAAUACUUCGCGAUCUGACAUGACAUCUCAUAUUGAUAUUACUAAAUGUUAUAAAUCUGAUAUUGUUUUAUUGUACUUGAGUGGUGUAUUCAUCAUCACGAUAUACUGCAAAGAAUAUUCUGAAACUACACCAAUGGGAGAAUAUAUUUUAGAGCUUACUAGACGGGGGCAACCUUUAUAAGAUAAAUGGACAGUAGUAUCUUUGUCAACUCUUUACUAUACCUACAGACGUGUUUGGGGAUUUGACUGAAACGUUUUGUCUAUAUGUUGCAAUUAACGAUAAUUACAGUAAGAAUGAAUAUACAUUAAAUCAUAUCUGAAUCAUCUCUAUUUCGUUUGUCUCCUUUCAACUAAUGUAUUUUUCUAUUUAUAAUAAUAUUAUCUAGUCAUUUUGGAAAUGAAUAUACUAUAUAUUUACAUUAGGCUAAUGUGGGUUGUUUUCCAGACGCAAGUCAAUUGAAAAAAGACGCACCGCAAAAGACACGCUUUUGCUUGGAAAUAAUACUUGCAUAGUAGUGGCUUAUUUCAGGAAAUAAGUCCUAAAUGGUGCAGUUGAUAUGGAGCUUCUAGUCUUCUUAUAACAUUUUAUAGAAUGCGUCGUAUUGGUAGAAUACAAAUUCAAUUAUUUUCGAUUCAUGCGCACAAAGGAAACCUUGGAUGCGGCAAAAUAGAUACUGAGGAAAUAUAUAUUUUUGAUUACUAAAACUGUUCACGAGCUGUUUUUGUCCCCUUUAAUUAAAUGAAUCAAAAAUGAUUAUCAAAAGCACAAAUUAUUUCGUUUACAACAGCAAAGAUGAAUCUAUCACCAACAUACUCAAAACAACAGGUGUAUCAUUAAUACAUAUUCACCUCAGAUGAGAUUAAAUAUCCUAUAUAACUCACUAAAAGUAAAUGAUCAACCGUUUUAGACAACAUAAUGUACAAAUGAUGGGUCAUCUUCUCAAGUAAUGUUUUCUCACACAGAAUAAGGGAGAUCCAUUGCAAUACAGAACCAUUGUAAUACACACCAGCGGUAGCUCAUAAGACCAGUCAUGUGGGAGGGCUGGUAAUUCAAAGUGAUUACAUACCUGAUUCAAAUAGAUUUACAUAUUGCAUGAUAGUGAUAGCCAAAGCUUAUCAGUAUGUCUAUGUCCUACACAGUUUAUAACAUGUAUCUUAUUUCCCCCAUGUCUACACCAGCCCUAAUAUCUAACAGUGUCAACUAGUGAACAUGGAAAGGCAUUGCAUUGUUACAUUGUUACAUGGUGCUACUCACUCAUUUUACUUUUUGGUAUAUUACCAAAUACCAAUUAUUUUUGGUGCAUUACCAUUGGUGUACUUCCUAAUUGUGUUAUAGUAUAUCUAUAUAUCCCUAGUGUUGAAAAGUGGAGCGUCUAUUUCCAUAGGCCUACAAUAAAACAUUGGAAAAACUGAACAGAAAUGCAUUUCCAGUUUACAUUUCAAUUCCAUACUUAACAGCAAUGCUAGGUAAUGGAAUUUUGAUUUAGAGAUAUAUAUUUUCUAUCUUCUAAGGUCAAAUCACCCUUCACAAAAAAUCAACAUCACUUGACUUUUAAAAUGGUUUACAUUUGUAUGAUUUCUAUGAGCUCAUACAGCAAGAAGGUAAAACACUAUAACGAGCUGCUUCAAAGCUCAUAUAUUGGUAACUCUUUACUGUAGCCCCCUAAUGCUAAGACAUUGUAAUAUUUGUAUAGGCAGUUUAGAGGCUGCUGCUGCCUAUGGAAAUCACUGGCCACUUUAAGAAAUUGAACACUA